GAGCCGGCAGCCCAGGCCGCCCGAUCACCCGCCUCUGCAGAGGCACUUCGAGGCGCACAGGCAGGAUCAGAUGGCCGUGGAGCAGGAGGAGAAGCGGCUGCCCUGGGCGCGAGGGGGCGCCGCGCUGGAGGCCGCCUCUGCGUCGCAGAGCCGGAGGAAGAGCGAGCAGGCCGACUUCGACUUCUUCCUGGACAUGCGGCCGUUCCAG